AUGCCGCAAGAAACACGAACUGAGCGACUAGCAACAUGGGCUGCCAAUCUACGAUAUGGCGAUAUCCCGGAUGAGGUGGUCCAAAAGACCAAGGACUUCUUCUUAGAUACUCUAGGCUGUGCCAUUGCCGGUCGCCAUCAUCCGGCAGUAAACGCGAUGGCUCAAUUUGCGGUUCAAAUGGGUCCGUCUAAUGGCAAGAGCGAAUUGAUCGAUGGUGCUUUGAAGUUCACGACUAGUCCGGCCUUCGCUAGUCUGGUUAAUGGAGCUGCGUCCCAUGUGGUUGAACAGGAUGACCUCCAUAACCGGAGUAUUAUGCAUCCUGCAACUGUUAUCUUUCCUGCGGCUCUUGCUGUAGCUCAAGAUCUGGACUCCAAUGGAGAAGAAUUCAUCACAGCCUGCGUUGUUGGCUAUGAAGUUGGCUGUCGAGUUGGCGAGUUUCUCGGUAAAAGCCAUUAUGAACUUACACUGAAGCAGCGCUUCCACUCCACCGCAACAGGUGGCGUCAUUGGUGUCGCAGCCGCAACAGCACAUCUCCUCAAGCUAAGCGCGGAGCAAACAUUGUCUGCAAUUGGAACAGCCGGAACUCAAGCAGCAGGGUUGUGGCAAUUCCUUAUGGAUGCAACACACUCCAAGCAAGUUCAUACUGGAAAAGCAUGCUUCGAUGGGAUCUUCGCUGCCUAUUCCGCUCGAGACGGCCUCCUUGGACCUGCCGAUAUUCUCGAAGGGCCUAAAGCUAUGGGCGUCGCCCUUGUUCCCGGAGAUACGCACCCUGAGGCAAUUGAUGAAAAUCUUGGAAGGGAUUUCGAGGUUUCCCGCUCUAGCUUUAAAUGGCACGCCUCGUGCAGACACACUCAUCCCAGCGUUGAUGCGCUUUUGAGCCUAAUGAAGAAGAAAAGUGUUAUGUUUGAUGAUAUUGAAUCAAUUACGACACGCACCUACCAGGCUGCUGUGAAUGUUCUGGGUCUAAGCGGGCGAGGCGAGACUGUUCAUCAGAGUAAAUUCUCGAUGGGCUUUGUUCUGGCGAUUGCGGCGAAGAAAGGGCACGCUAUGAUCACCGACUUUACUGAAGAUGACCUAAAUGACGGCUCAUUAAGAGAUUUCCAAAACCGUGUUACGAUGGAACUUGAUUCGGACAUUGAUAGGGCGUUCCCAGAGAAAUGGAAAGGCACUGUCAUUGUCACCUGCAAGUCAGGACAGAAGUUCUCUGAGGAGGAAAUCGAGAGAAAGACACGAACCCUAGCCACCUAUGGAGGUUUCACCGAUACUAGCAAGGUUGAUCUAAUAAUCAAAAGAGCGUGGAACUUGGAGCACGAGAAGAAUCUCCAAGGAUUUGUCUUUUAG